AUGAAAGAUCUUAUUCCAAGUCGCUAUGGACUAAGUCACUACCUGACCACCGCCACUAAUUGCCUGCUUGCUAAAAUGAGGGGCAUGUUGAUGCCGGAUAAGAAGAACGAAGCUGCUGAGCUGAGACUUGUGCCAAUGUGGCCCCCGAGACCCUCUGUGCAUCGCAGCUGCUUGGUCUUCAUGCGUUUCCAACUGAUGCAGCUUUUGACUUGUUCUGACGGCGCUAUAUGGUCGCACCAUACUCUUGGUUCAAUCAACCUGAUCAAGCAUAGGACUCCCAGGCGCUUCGACAGCGACUUUGACAAGGCGCUAUUUGUGGCGCAUAUAGGACCGAUUGUAUUCGAUUGUCUUCUUGAUCACAGACCAUGUUAUCUCGCGGAGCCACAAUGGAUGGAAAUAUAUCACUCAUUGGUUUGUGACUUAAAUACGUUGACUGAGAGGAGUCUAUUAGCGACCUCCAUGAGGUCUCAAAUGAUCAAACUUCCUGAUCUGUGGCAUGACCUGAACCGUACUAUAAGAGGAUCCGAUUUGUUUAAUGAGGAAGGGCAAGUAAGCCUAUUAUUUCGAUGUUUCAAUGCCCGCCAGCAAUUCCUGGACUGGAUUGAAGAGUACCAGUCAUACUGCACACGCAUGUCACCCGUCUCACCGUCUCCUCAGGAGCUAGCUCUCCGGCGAGAGCUAUACGGCACAGCCAUAGAAUGUCUAAUCGUAGUCAAACGGCUCCUGGAAACCAUAAUCUACACUGACGAAUCGCUAGCCAUCGAGGCAGAAGUGCAAGCCCUCGCUCAGUCACUGCUUGAUUUGCAGAAGCAGCCUUCUCCUAAACACUCAUGGCUGUUUAUGGGCCAUGAAAUGGGAGUCACGCGAAGUGUUUUGUUGACUCGGCAUCAAUGGGAGAGCCCCAUGUAG